CUCACUGCUUGGAAAUCUGCUCUGGCUACUGGGGGAGUGAAAAAGCCACAUAGAUUCUGGCCAGGAACAGUUGCGCUUCGAGAAAUCUGCAAAUACCAGAAAUCAACUGAACUUUUAAUCCGAAAGCUUCCAUUUCAGCGUUUAGUUCGUGAGAUUGCUCAGGAUUUCAAGACUGAUUUAAGGUUCCAGAGUUCUGCUGUUGCUGCUCUACAGGAGGCGGCUGAAGCGUAUCUCGUUGGAUUGUUUGAGGAUACUAAUCUGUGUGCCAUUCAUGCUAAGAGGGUGACGAUUAUGCCUAAAGAUAUUCAGCUUGCAAGAAGAAUUAGGGGUGAAAGGGCUUAAAAUGUAUUGUCUUGUUACUAGUAGUGGUUUUUGGUAUAUAGUGGGUUUCGAUCCGGUAAUGUUUUAAUUUCAGAAUUUUCUCGAUUCUGAAUAUGUAGUUGAAUCAAGUCCAUUUCAAUGAAAUAUCAGUGCUUUUUUGUUCAA